CGCGGGGACUGGGCCUCGGGAGAGUCCUGCACAUCCCCCUUGCAACCCCUCCGUAGCCGUGCACGCUGCGCUCCAGCUCCCGCACCCUAAGCCUCGCUUGCCGGCUUCCCAGCCCUUCCCCGAGCCGCCAGCCCGGCUUAGCCCCGCCAUGCCGGUGGAUCUCAGCAAGUGGUCCGGGCCUUUGAGCCUGCAGGAAGUGGACGAGCAGCCUCAGCACCCGCUGCAGGUCAAGUACUCCGGGUCGGAGGUCGACGAACUGGGCAAAGUGCUGACGCCCACCCAGGUAAAGGACCGGCCCAUCAGCAUCACAUGGGAUGGUCUUGACUCCGGCAAACUCUAUACCUUGGUCUUGACAGACCCAGAUGCUCCAAGCAGGAAAGACCCCAAAUACAGGGAAUGGCAUCAUUUUCUGGUGGUCAACAUGAAGGGCAAUGACAUCAGCAGUGGCACAGUGCUAUCCGACUAUGUGGGCUCUGGGCCUCCCAAGGGCACAGGUCAGUAAAAGCUCCUUUGGCGGAGAGUUGGGAGGGGAGCGUGCAUGCUCAUGAAGAUUGGCCUGAAGUCAGUCUUGGCAGGUGAGAUGGUGGGAAAAAAGCAGUCUUGGCAGAACGCAUAGACUGACUUCCCUAGGGAUGAAUACUUCUUGUGUUUGCAUUCACCCUUUGCCCUGAAUCAUCUUUGAGGCUCUAGUCCAUGAAAGAAUUUCAAUAGGUAAUCCUGAUUUCCAAAUUCAAUAUAAAAAAUUGGCCUCUCUGUCACUUUACACCUCUCUCUCAAAAACCUGGUGGUAUUUUGAAAAGACGUGAAAGGGGCCCUCAAAAUAAUUCUGAAUAUGAAUAGUGCACGGCUUUAUCAUGUGUGCAGCUCAGGUUCAAACUCCCACCACAUGGAAGGAAGCUUUGGUGUUGUGGUAUCUAUCUCUCCCUGCCUCUUCCUUCUCAUCCCUCUUUGUAUCUGAAAAUGUCAACCCAAAGAUGACCAAAAAUAAAUAAAAAUAAACAAAAGAUGGGGCUGGGUGGUGGUGCACCUGCCUGAGCAUACACUUUAUAGUGCAAAAGACCCAUGUUUGAGCCUCUGGUCUCCACCUAUAAGGGGAAAACUUCACAAGUGAUGAAGCAGGGCUGCAGGUGUCUCUCUAUCUCCCCGUACCCUGUCGAUUUCUGGCUGUCUCUAUCCAAUGAGUAAAGAUAAUAACAAAAACUUUUUU